AUGAGACAUGGUGUGAUCAAUCGUCGAAGCAUAGAGGUCAUUUCGGGUUUAGCUGCCGGGUUCACGACCACAGUCAUCACACAUCCACUCGAUGUCAUCAAAGUCAAACUACAGUUGAGCCAUAUGAAUAUGGCGUCGCCUAGAACACAACCACUCCAGUCCAUCCUAUCCGUUAUUAGACGAAUGGAUAACGAUGCUUUGUUGUUAACAAAGCAGAACCAUCGACCGAAAGCUGUUAAUUUGCUAUUCGAAUACUACCGAGGUAUCGUUCCAAAUUUGCUAGGCAAUAUUUCAGCAUGGGGAAUAUAUUUCACUUUGUACGCGGAGUUCAAAACACAAAUUGCAUUUCAGAAUGAUACAUUGACUUAUUUCACAAGCUCAACCUUGGCCGGUAUAACGACUUCCCUUUUGACCAACCCCAUUUGGGUGUUGAAGACACGGAUAUUGGGCGGUUCAAGAGCGCAGCCGGAUUCAUACAAGUCUGUGCUCGAUGGAGUUAAGCAGAUGCUUCGUAACGAAGGCAUACAAAGCUUUUGGAAAGGAGCUGUUCCCAGUAUGUUCCAAGUAUUCCAAGCAAGCUUGCAAAUAACAAUUUAUGACCAUUUGAAGAAUUACGUACUGCCGAGUCCAAAGACCACAAAUAUGCAAGCUAAUGAUGUGAAACUGAAUCUCACAUUGACUACAUGGCAAUAUUUGUACACUUCAGCCACAUCAAAGAUCAUCAGCAGCUUGAUCAUGUAUCCUGCUCAAGUAGUGAAGUCGAGGAUCCAAAAUAGCCAUGGUCACUUGGGUAUUCGACAAGUCGUUCACAUUUUGUAUUACAAAGAAGGUGGAUACUUUGCUUUCUAUAAGGGGUUGAGCGCAAAUAUAGUGAGAGUCCUCCCGGCAACGUGUAUUACAUUUAUGGUUUACGAAAAUGUUAAAAAGUACUUGACUUUGCAAUAUUUGGAGUAA